AUGGUUCCUCCCAACUCUCUCCAUCUCAACCAGUCUGGCCCUACUGAAUUUGUAUUUCGGAUGUUCACUACUUCCACUAGGAUCCAGGCCCUCCUCUUCCUUCUCUUCUUCCUCCUUUAUAUGAUGAUCCUCUGUGGCAAUACUGCCAUCAUUUUUGUCGUAUGCACCCACACCUCCCUCCGGACCCCCAUGUACUUUUUCCUGGCCAACUUGUCUUUUCUUGAGAUCUGUUAUACCACUACUGUGGUACCAUUGAUGCUCUCCAACAUGCUUGGAGCUCAGAAACCUAUCCCAUUAGCUGGCUGUGGAACCCAGAUGUUCUUUUUUGUCACCCUUGGCAGUACCGACUGUUUCCUAUUGGUUGUCAUGGCCUAUGACCGCUAUGUGGCCAUCUGCCAUCCUUUGCACUACACCCUCAUCAUGACCCAGCAGCUGUGUACCCAGAUGGUAGUUGGCUCCCUGGGCCUGGCUCUCUUUCUCUCACUUCAGCUAACGGCCCUGAUCUUCACCCUGCCUUUCUGUGGUCACCGCCGAGAGAUCAACCACUUCCUCUGUGAUGUGCCACCUGUCCUACGCCUGGCCUGUGCUGAUACCCGAGUUCAUCAGGCUGUUCUCUAUGUGGUAGGAAUCCUUGUGCUGACUGUGCCAUUCUUGCUCAUCUGCAUCUCUUAUGUCUUCAUCGCCACCACCAUCUUGCGCAUCCGUUCAGCCGAGGGACGCCGACGAGCCUUCUCUACCUGCUCUUCCCAUCUCACUGUGGUCCUGCUGCAAUAUGGCUGCUGUAGCCUGGUCUAUUUGCGCCCCAGGUCCAGCACCUCAGAGGAUGAGGAUCGACAGAUCGCUUUGGUCUAUACUUUUGUUACUCCCCUGCUUAACCCCCUCAUUUACACUCUACGGAACAAGGAUGUCAAAGGUGCUCUGAAAAAAUCCAUGAGCAGCAAAGCAGCGUCUGAAACUCCAUGA